CCUCCCCGCGGGCCGCCGGCGACCCGCGUCCCAUUCUCCGCCCCGCCCCGCCCCGCCGCGGGACGGGUAACGGUUACGAAGCACUUUCUGGGCGCCGAUUUCUGCUUAGUCAUUGUCUUCCAGGAAACGGCUCCCGCGGCGGCCAGCCGGUUCUCCCGCAGCGGCCCCCGGCGCGUCCACUCCCGGCCCGCCCGCCCGUCCCGGGCCCGAGCGCAGGCCGAGGGCGGCCCCCCACGCGCGGGGCGGCCAGCCGCGCGCUCGGCGGUCCGGUCCCGGGCGGCGCGUCCCCUGCGGACCGGCCUCCUUCCCCCGCCUGCGGCCGCGUCCCUCCCCGGCGCCGGCCGCUGCCAUGGGCACCGACAGCCGCGCGGCCGGGGCGCUCCUGGCGCGGGCCAGCACCCUGCACCUGCAGACCGGGAACCUGCUCAACUGGGGCCGCCUGCGCAAGAAGUGCCCGUCCACGCACAGCGAGGAGCUUCGAGAUUGUAUCCAAAAGACUUUGAAUGAGUGGAGUUCCCAAAUCAGCCCGGAUACGGUCAGGGAGUUUCCAGAUGUCUUGGAAUGUACUGUAUCUCAUGCAGUAGAAAAGAUUAACCCGGAUGAAAGAGAAGAAAUGAAAGUUUCUGCAAAACUGUUCAUCGUAGGAACGAAUUCCUCAUCAUCAACUAGAAAUGCAGUUGACAUGGCCUGUUCAGUCCUGGGAGUGGCGCAGCUGGAUUCUGUAAUCAUUGCUUCACCUCCUAUUGAAGAUGGAGUGAACCUGUCACUGGAGCAUUUGCAGCCUUACUGGGAGGAAUUAGAAAAUUUAGUUCAGAGCAAAAAGAUUGUAGCUAUAGGUACCUCUGAUCUCGACAAAACACAGUUGGAGCAGCUGUAUAAAUGGGCACAGGUAAAACCAAAUAGUAACCAAGUUAACCUUGCCUCUUGCUGCGUGAUGCCACCUGAUUUGACUGCAUUUGCUAAACAAUUUGACAUACAGCUAUUAACUCACAAUGAUCCAAAAGAACUGCUUUCGGAAGCAAGUUUCCAAGAAGCUCUCCAAGAAAGUAUCCCUGACAUCCAGGCCCAAGAGUGGGUGCCCCUGUGGCUGCUGCGCUAUUCCGUCAUUGUUAAAAGCAGAGGAAUCAUCAAAUCGAAAGGCUACAUCAUCCAGGCUAAACGAAGGGGCUCCUAACUGCAGUCAGCAUCAUCACCUCCCAGUCCUAUUUUCCCUGAAUAUACGUAACAAUUGAGAUAGGUAAAAAAAUCUAAUAACUGCCUACAUGUGGUAUCACCGAGGCGGGUGUUUCUCAGUGAUAGCUGACAUAUGUUACUGUCAAGUUUUGAAUAAUUUUCUUGCCUCCACAUCACUCACACGAACCUCUGUAUUGUUUCCAUUAAACUAUUGUUUUCUAAUUGAAAUUGUCUAUAAAGAAAAUACUUGCAAUAUAUUUUUUUCCUUUAUUUUUAUGACCAAUAGAAAUCAAGUAAAUUUGUUGGCUAUAUAUCAGGGUAAUGUAUAUACACUUUUUUAUUUCCAAAAAUACCCAUUAAUUGCUUCUUAUUCUAUAGAAUGAGCAAUUUAAUUACAUUUGUUAAAACUGAAAUACUGGAAGAUAUUUUUCUUGUCAUUGGUUAGAUGAUUAUAUACCAGAGUUAACUGAAGUAGCCGGGUUCUACUAGUAGUGUAAAUAAAAAUGUACUUCUUCAAUAACAUGAAUGGAAACUUAACAUUUUUUUACGUGUCCUUACUAGUAUUUUACUAUCAUGAUUUAGCCUUGUAUUCUUGUGCUAUAUUUUUCUGCUCUUAUUUACAAAGACAUACCAAAGUAAAUCUGAAAAAAUCAGAAAUUUAGAAAUUAUUGCUUGGGGGCUUUAUGAAGGCAUUAUCAUCAAUAGAUUUUUUAAAAAUUAUCCAUCCUUAAUAUUUUUCUACUCAUUUAAAAGUAUUUCAUAAGAAUUGAGCAUUUUCUAUGUGUUCUGCACAUACUAGGUAAUGUGUGGGCUUUAGAGAGCAGAGGCAGUACGGAGCCAGAGGUUAAAGUCAAAUAAAUAAAAUUUGUGAUUUUCAUUCCUCACUAAUAAUUGACUACAAGGGGCUGAAAGCCAGAAAAGGAAUGAAAACAACUUUUAAUUCAGGAACAAUGAUAUCUAUAUAAAUAACUUUGAGAUAUGAACUUAACUCCUUCAAAAUAAAAGUAUAGCGCUUGAAGAAACUUUAGAUCAUUUAGUAUAAGUCCUCCUUGGUUUAAGAAUCAGAAAAUAGGGGGCUGGAGCGAUAGCACAGCGGGUAGGGUGUUUGCCUUGCACGCGGCCGACCCUGGUUCGAUUCCUAGCAUCCCAUAUGGUCCCCUGAGCACCGCCAGGGAUAAUUCCUGAGUGCAGAGCCAGAAGUAACCCCUGUGCAACGACAGGUGUGACGCAAAAAAAAAAAAAAAGAA